UUCAGGACAUUAGGAAUGGCUCCCAAAAGAGAACCCUCAAUUAAAAAGUCUCCUUCACCAGUGGCCCAGCCCAGACUUGGUCCUCCUUACCCCUGCCUGCCUGCAGCUCCAAAACCAACUCCAGAGCAGAAACCCAGGAUGCUGCGUCCUUCGGAUUCACCAUUUGACCCAAGCACUUUGGAGAUUGAGUUUAACCUGGAUCAGAUUCAUGAGUUUAAGGAGGCGUUCCUGCUGUUCGACAGGACAGGAGAUGGGAAGAUCGGCUACAACCAGUGUGGGGACGUCAUGCGGGCCCUGGGGCAGAACCCUGUCAAUGCCGAGGUGCUCAAAGUCCUGGGGAACCCCAAGGCUGAGGAGAUGAACACCAAGAUGCUAGACUUUGAGCAGUUCCUGCCCAUGUUCCAGGCCAUUGCUAAGAAUAAAGAUCAGGGCUCCAUGGAGGAUUUUGUGGAGGGACUGCGCGUCUUUGACAAAGAGGGCAACGGCACAGUAAUGGGAGCAGAACUACGUCACGUCCUCACCACGCUAGGUGAGAAAAUGACAGAGGAGGAGGUGGAGACGCUCUUGGCAGGACAUGAAGAUGCAAAUGGCUGCAUCAAUUAUGAAGAACUGGUCAGAAUGGUUAUGAGCGGGUGAAGACGGAGGCCAUCCCACUUUUUUUUACCCUUUCACAUGCACCCUGUUUUUUUGCAUUUAGCUUCUAUAGUCCCCUCAAACUUUUUCAUGAGUUAGUUUGUCACAUUUAAUUUAAGAAGUGCCUUUACAUUCCUGCAAAAGACCACAAAUGAUCCUUGACAUGUAUGACCAACUUGCAUUCACUGAGUCUGGGUGCUUGCAAUAUUUGCUGCAGCAUUUAAAGGUGGACCAUUUAAGACAACAGAAAUUGUUAAAGAUAUGCAACACUUGUUGAUACUAGUGUGUCAAUGCUGGAUGGGACAUUUAUAUAUAUAUAUAUACAGUAUAUACACACAAUACUAUCAGCAGCCUGCUGUGUCAUUGGCUAAGACUUGGUGGUUAAAAUAAUGUAAAAAUAAUGUUCCUUAUUGUGCGGUAAACCAGUAAAGCCAUAAUAUCAUGAGACAAAAAGAAACAUUUCAAAGAGGUUCCUGUGUUUUUAAUUCACCCCAAUUCAUUUGCAACAUUUAAAUAAAUGUUUUUCCUGAAAACCUAUUAAA